GGUGCCCCCCGGGUUCCUCCUUUCUGCCCUUCCCACCGGUACCGGGGGCACUCCCGGUCCUUCCCUCUCUGCCUCCCUUCCGUGCUCGCGGGGCCCCUCCCGGUCCCUCCCUCGGUGCCCGGGGCUUGGUGAAUCCCCCUCUCCCCUUUUCCCGGGGUCCCUCCCGGUUCUUCCUUCAUCCCCUCCCGCUCCUCAUCCCCUUCCUCUUCCGUCCCUCCCUCCCGGUGCCCCGGGGUGGGACUUGUCCCGUUCCUUCUGUCCCUCCCCCCAUCCCUCCCUCUCUCUUUGUGCCCUGGGGUUCGAGUCCCCCCAUUUCUGCUCCUUCCCUCCCUCACCCCAUCCCUCCCUCCUCCGGUGACCCCUCGGAGUGGGAUUUGCCCCAUUCCCUGUGCCCCCACAUCUCCUGGUGACCCCUCAAGGUGGGACUCCUCCAUCCCUGUUCCCUCCCUCUCUCCCUCCUCCAGUGACCCCUCUGGGUGCCCUGGGGUGGCAUUUGCCCCAUUCCCAGUCCCCCAUUCCCGGUCUCUCCCUCCUUCACCCCAUCCCUCCCUCCCUCCCUCCUCCAGUGACCCCUUGAGUUGGGAUUUACCCCUUUCCCUGUCCCUCCCUCCCUCUCUCCUCUGGUGACCCCUCAAGCUGGGACUGCCCCCUUUCCCUGUCCCUCUGGUGACCCCUCCCAGGGUGGUUGGGGACCCUCUCCCCCUCAGCACCAGGGUCACUCACAGACCCUCCCUCCCUCCUCCAGUGACCCCUCAGUGGCAUUUGCCCCAUUCCCUCUGUCCCUCCCUCCUUCCCCCUGUCCCCCCACAUCUCCUGGUGACCCCUCAAGGUGGGACUCCCCCAUUCUCGAUGCCCCUCCUGUUCCCUCUCUCCCUCCCUCCUCCCGUGACCCCUCUGGGUGCCCUGGGGUGGCAUUUGCCCCGUUCCCAGUCCCGGUGACCCCUCAAGGCGGGACUCCCCCGUCCCUGACCGCUCCCUCGCCGUCCCCAGCCCUCGCGGCGCCCGCGCCAUGCCGGACCGGGACGGUUACCCCGCCAGCACCGGCGCCGGCCCCGGCGGCGUCAGCAGCGGCGACGAAUCCUCGUCCGCCCUCCCCGACGACGACAUCUGCCGCGACUUCCUGCGCAACGUCUGCAAGCGCGGCAAGCGCUGCCGCUUCCGGCACCCCGACAUCUCCGAGGUCACCAACCUGGGCGUGCGCAAGAACGAGUUCAUCUUCUGCCACGACUUCCAGAACAAGGAGUGCGUGCGCCUCAACUGCCGCUUCAUCCACGGCACCAAGGAGGACGAGGAUUGCUACAAGAAGACCGGCGAGCUGCCGCCGCGCCUGCGCCAGAAAGUGGCGGCCGGGCUGGGCUUGUCGCCGGCGGAUCUGCCCAACAGCAAAGAGGAGGUGCCGAUCUGCAGGGAUUUCCUCAAAGGGGACUGCCAGCGCGGCGCCAAGUGCAAGUUCCAGCAUUUGCAGCGGGAUUACGAGUACGAGGCGCGGGGAAGGGAGCAGGGCCGGCGCUACGAGCCCUUCGACGGCCUCUACGAGCCCGACGAGCCGGUGCUGAAGCGGCGGCGAGCCGAGGGGCUCUACGAGAGCUACGAGUACGGCUUCGCCAGCCCGCGCGCCGUGGAGUACCGGCUGCUGGAGGAGGAGAACGUGCUGCUCAGGAAGCGCGUGGAGGACCUCAAGAAGCAGGUCAACAACCUGCUGGCCACCAACGAGGUGCUGCUGGAGCAGAACGCCCAAUUCCGCAACCAGGCCAAGGUGAUGACGCUGAGCUCCACGGCCACGGCCAGCGAGCAGCCGCUGGCGCCCACGGUGACCAACUACAACCACAGCAUCGCCCAGACUCACACCACGCUCAGCAGCCAGGCCCUGCAGCCCCGCCCGGUCACCCAGCAGGAUUUGGUGGCGCCGGCGGGCGCUCAGGCCGCGCCUCCCGCCAACGGAGCCCCGUUGAACCCCGAGAUCGCGCCGCUGUCGGCGGCGGCGGCGCUGGCGCAGACCAUCGCGCAGGGCAUGGCGCCGCCGCCCGUGUCCAUGGCGCCCGUGGCCGUGUCGGUGGCGCCGGUGGCCGUGAGCAUGGCGCAGCCGCUCGGCGGCAUCACCAUGAGCCACGCCACCACGCCCAUGGUCACCUACCCCAUCGCCUCGCAGAGCAUGAGGAUAACGGCCAUGCCGCACUGACCGCGCCCCCGGCACCGGCGGGAGGCUCGCGGUGAACCCAGGGGCGGUGGGAUGAGGACGGACGGACACACGGACAGUGUGGGAUGUGCCGCCCCCCUCAUCCCGGUGCGACCCCCGGAAGCAGGGGGUGGCGGGAUGAGGAUGGACGGACACACGGACGGACGCACUCCCGGUGGGCGGACUGAGCACCGGGAGUGGGUGGUACCGGAGGUGGUACCACGUGGUACCUGUAAUGUUUUCGGCUAUUAAAAUAACAAAAAAAAAA